CUUCGGAGGGUCCAGGGCGCGUUCAAGGCAGCAGGGGGGGGGGCGUGGUUCGGGCCUUGUCCACGUUGGGGCCGCUUCUAGGGUGUGAACGAUGGCACCCAGAAUAGGGAGGGGAGAGCAGCAGUUUGUCCCAGUCAGUAAGGACAAACAGAGGCAGGCAGAGCUCAAGUUCUGUGGAUUCAAGUGGAUAACGAAGGGGCAAACACUGCCGGACUCCAAUGGGAAAUUUCUCAUGGAGUGCAAGUUGUGCGGCCGGGGUUUUCAGGGCAGUCAAUCGAGGGCUGCACAACACUUCACAAUAAAGAGCAACUGCGCUAAAGGAGCGGCGGGGGAGGAGUAUGAUGACAGCGAGCAGGAGAGGAGGGCGCCCGAGGGGGGAGGUGAUGAUAGUGAUAGUGAUUCACAGGACAUGGACGUGCGGCGAGAGGCGGAGCAAGCCAAGAGAAAGAUGAGGGGGGACAAGGCCGUUGCCAAGGACAGCACCCCGGACGAGCAUGACGACGAUGACGAUGACGACGACGAUCAGGGUGCAGACCUUGGGCCGUUUAAGCGAGUUGUGGCGGAGAUGGUGGCGGCCGUCCGCAAGGACAUUGCAGCGACGGGAGCGACGAUCCUUACGGAUGGUCGCAAGUCCAUCACUAGCGACCAGAUCGUCAACUUCCUUGCCGCUGGGCCCACAGAAGCCUACCUUUUCAGGACUGUGCAGCGCGACGGUGAUGUCCGGGAGACAGCAGAGGUGGUGGUGGAGCGAUGGAAGGACGUGUUCGACAACUUCGGACGACACCCCCAGGAAGCUUGGGAAGAGGGAGGACACCAUCAUCAGGGCUCGAGCAGUCGUGCGGUUCAUCAGAGAGCACGGGCGGCUCUCAGCCUUUACCGAGGGUUCUCAGCCGCUCACCCCUCUUCCGCCUCGGCUGUUGCGGCCAGUUCCAGCGCUUCGCCAACCUCGUCUCAGCGGCGAGGCAGAGAGCUUGUGUACCCCGCGCAGACGAGGUUUGCUACCCACUACUUGAUGCUGGAGAGGUUGUUGGAUCAUCGCCGAGCGUUGGAGGCGUUGAUGAUGAGCGACGACUGGUUGUGGACUGCAUGGAGGAGAUCCAUUUUCUUGCAGGCUAGGUGGGUGCGUCAUCAGGUGCGGUACGUGCUAUUUUGGGAGCACGUGGAGGACAUCGUGGAGCUCAUGACGCCUGUGAUGCAGCUGUUACGCCGUCUGGACAGAGGGGGGCGCGUGAUGACUCGCAUGUGGUCAUGGGCACUUGCCAUGGUCGACAGGGUGGCGAGGGCGACACUGAACAGGACGUCGAGGGAGAAGCUCAACUUGUUGUUCAGGCUUGUCAGGCGCGGGCCGAUCAUAUGUUGGAGCCCUCACAUUGCAUCGCCCACCUCCUCAACCCUUGCCACAGGAGCAUUACGUAUUUUGGAGUGGCGAGGCGCAGUGAGCACGGCAAGACACUCGCGGAGGAGUCACUUCGAUACCUUUGCCAGCAGACUGGGGGAGAUGAGGACUUGUAUCAGACGGUGCGCACGCAGUUGGCUGAGUUUCUUAGCCGGGAGGGCGAUUGGACGUACGGAGGGGUUGAGGGUGACAGGGACGCGGCCUCCUGCAGAGGGGAGAAGGAGACGUCGCAGGUGGGCAGUGGGGAGGGGUUCAGGAUACGUUCUGCCAUGGGAGGACGUUGAGGAGGAGACAGAGGACAGCAUUCCUCUUCCUUGUGACGAGGGUGUUCGGCCAGCUGACCGAGUCACGGAGGCGCAGCGCGAGCGGCAGGUGCAGCACGGGCGGAAGGAUCACCUUUCCAGGUCUCCGCCCAGCGUUGAGACAUAUUUCGGUCAUCGCGCUACGGUGCUCAUGCCGACUGAGUUGGACGCCGUGUACGAUCCCGAGCCAGAUCCUAUGGCUCAGGACCCGAUGGAGGCGGACCCGUGGUCCGAUCCAGACGACCUGGCAGUGGAGUCUGAGCGCGGAGAUUCUGAUGAUGGUGGCGACGAUAAUCCUAGCGUCGAGAUGUUGYGUCCUCGGACGCGCGAGAGACCCGCGUCGACGGUUCAGGGUGUUUGUAUAUUGCCUAUCGGUGGUGCCAUGACGGUAGAGGAGUUGGAGCGGCAGCUACGAGAGGACCUAUUGCAGGCAGAUCGGCGCGGACUGAUGGACGAGGCGUCGAGGAGGUUCAUGGCAGAGCGCGCAGCUUACGUGCCCUGCAGCCUGUCACUGCCAUCGUCCACCACUGGUGCCACUACCUCUGUACAUGCUGAGGGUCCAGUCACGGGACGGAUUACAUCACCGAAACCUGCAGAGUCUCCUUCUCCCAAAUCACGGAAGAAGAAGAUGAGAGCAGGUAAGAGUCUCAGUACUGUGAGGAGGGUGACGCAUGCGAUGCGGGAGACUCAGCCCGGGCUCGCCGGUUUACAUUCGCGGACUCGGGAGGCAUUGGCCCUGGACGUUGUCGCGGAGACAGUAGGUUGGCGGGAUAGAGGCUCCAGUCGGGCGACGGAGCAGCCCAUCACAACACCUGCUGAGGCGAAGAUGCCAUGUACUGAGGGGCGCACAGCAGGUAGGGGGGAGGAGGCGGAGCACAGCGGCCCCCCCGGGAGGAGCAUGGUCGGACGUAUAUUGGGGGAGGAUGUGAGGACGGUGCUUGCGCAACGACGGUCACAAGCAGGAGUCGUUCUGGAGACAGGUACCGAUGAUUUGGAAAUGCCUCGUGGCCAGCGGAGGAGGGCUUCCGUCAUUACGUAUUUCGGAGCGGCGAGGCGCAGUGAGCACGACAAGACACUCGCGGAGGAGUCACUUCGAUACCUUCGCCAGCAGACUGGGGGAGAUGAGGACUUGUAUCAGACGCUGCGCACGCAGUUGGCUGAGUUUCUUAGCCGGGAGGGCGAUUGGACGUACGGAGGGGUUGAGGGUGACAGGGACGCGACCUUCUUCAGAGGGGAGAAGGAGACGUCGCAGGGGAGGGGUUCAGGAUACGUUCUGCCAUGGGAGGACGUUGAGGAGGAGACAGAGGACAGCAUUCCUCUUCCUUGUGACGAGGGUGUUCGGCCAGCUGACCGAGUCACGGAGGCGCAGCGCGAGCGGCAGGUGCAGCACGGGCGGAAGGAUCACCUUUCCAGGUCUCCGCCCAGCGUUGAGACAUAUUUCGGUCAUCGCGCUACGGUGCUCAUGCCGACUGAGUUGGACGCCGUGUACGAUCCCGAGCCAGAUCCUAUGGCUCAGGACCCGAUGGAGGCGGACCCGUGGUCCGAUCCAGACGACCUGGCAGUGGAGUCUGAGCGCGGAGAUUCUGAUGAUGGUGGCGACGAUAAUCCUAGCGUCGAGAUGUUGYGUCCUCGGACGCGAGAGGUUGGCGCCGGGUCGGCUGAGUUUGCUGCUGCGUCGGUAGAGGCUGCUGUAGAGGUUGCUGCUGUAGAGGCUGCCGUGGGGGGCGCAGGACACACAGGGGGAUCGGGCCGUGGUGGUGGAGGACGGGCGAGGCGAGAGUCUGCAUCCUCCACUCGUACUGUGCAUUGGGUUGAUGAGGGUGCCGCGACAGGAGAGGUUGGCGCCGGGUCGGCUGAGUUUGCUGCUGCGUCGGCAGAGGCCGCUGUAGAGGUUGGGAGGGCUUCUGCACAGUUGGAUGUCAGUUUCAGUGGUAUUCUUGAUGUUUCGUUGGGGCUUCCUCCGACACCGCCAGGCGAGUAUGGUAGUGGUGACGCAGCGGCUACGCCCGUCAGUCGGAUACUCCGGGAUGUACCUUCAUGCAGCAUCGGUGACAUCAGUAGCAUCAUGUUGCAGGAGGCAGCAGCGGGGACACAGUGUUCGUCGGGGCAGGAGGAGUGUGCAGCAGGGGACGGUGGGGAUUGUGGACCUGAGCAGGAGCGAGCGCCAGAGUCGGAGCAGGACUGGAUCGACCGCGAGGAGAGGGAGAGGGCGCAGGACAUGGCUAGCCGUUGCGAGAUGACACAAAGUAUUGCAUCGAGGGCACGGGCAGAGCGGAUGCUAGAGACAGGCGGUAGUGAGGGUCAUCGUGCGACGGACGAUGCAGUGCUUAAGUCUGGAGGCGCGGGCGCCCGGAUGCAGGCGAGAGAUCCGCGUCCACGGUUCAAGACUCGGGAGGCAUUGGCCCUGGACGUUGUCGCGGAGACAGUAGGUUGGCGGGAUAGGGGCUCCAGCUGGGCGACGGAGCAGCCCAUCACAGCACCUGCUGAGGCGGAGAUGCCAUGUACUGGGGGGCGCACAUCAGGUAGGGGGGAGGAGGCGGAGCACAGCGCCCCCCCCGGGAGGAGCAUGGCCGGACGUAUAUUGGGGGAGGAUGUGAGGACGGUGCUUGCGCAGCGACCGUCACAGGCAGGAGUCGUUUUGGAGUCCGGUACCGAUGAUUUGGAGAUGCCUCGUGGCCAGCGGAGGAGGGCUUCCGUGUACGACCUUCUUCGAGCACAGCACGGGGUUGACGCGGUGCCACAGGGGGGGGUUCAUGCUCCGGAUACUGCGCACGGGCCGGUAGGCGGCACAGGUGGCGGCGACAAGGUCAGAGGUGCGGUGCCGCAGAGGAGGAGGAAGGACAUUAUGGACGACGAUGAUGUUUAGUCCCACCAUUAGUCCUCUUUCAUCCUGUAUUUCUUAGUAGUGUAUAUUAUACUUAGUGCUUCGGAUG